AGUUAAUUAUAUUGACAUUUAGUAAGGAUAACAAUAAAAUAAAACAGUAAACCAGCCAAUACUGGUGCAAGUCAUAGAAUCAUACAGCAUGGGAACAGGGUGUUCAGCCCAACUUGAGAGGGAUUCCAAAACUCAACUCAUCCCAUUUGCCUGCGUUUAAGCCGAUAUCCCUCUAAACCUUUCCUAUUACACGUUGGGAACCUCUGCUUGCACCUCUUGCAAAUUUCAAAAUGAACCCCCAAUUCCAAAAAUCUCCCUUUCGACGUUAAUGUAUUUUUUUUUCCCCUCCUGAUCCUCAAACCUCCUGCAAACGAAAAAAAAAACCCAAAGCGAAACCUCUCUCUGAAGCGUGAAGAGACUUUCCAGUGCCAUUUCAACUCGGGAAUGCUAACUUUGAGCAUGGAUAGGGAGGGGCGACCAAUGCUGUGAGGGCUGACCCGUUUUGUUGCCCGGAGGGGGAUAGAAAAUUGUAGGGGAGAUCUCUGAACUUCAUUUUCUGUUUGGAAAUCCACUGGCGGUGGAGAUUUUAAGGGAAUGCAAGAGAGAGGGAAAAAAACAUGCAAGUAAUCGGUUGACCCAGCGGUGAACAGAGAGAGAGAGAGAAGUGAAAAAAAAAGGCGGUGCAAAGUGUCGCAGAAGAAACGUUGGGAAUAUUUGAAGAGUUCUCUCUCUCUCUCUCAUCUUUCACCAUCACUCUGUCCCAACAUGUCCAGUCUGGGGCUUUGCAUACACAGAGGAGAGCAGCGCUAGAGAGAGAAAGAGAGAGAGAGAGGCAGCACAUUUGUGAAGUUUUCCAGGCGAGUGGAGAGGGUUGGUGCACAACACGAGAUGCAAGGGGCCAGGGAGAGGCGGGUGCUGCUGCUCCUGACCUGCUGGUCAGUUUCCUCGUUAAUUUCCCUGCGCUUUCAGCCGGGCUCAGCGCAGCGGCCAGACGACAACUGGACGCAGAUGAUCCGCUGGGAGAACAACGGCCGAGUCUACAGCCUCCUGCACAGCGGCUCCGAGUACCUGCCCGCCGGGCAUCACCCAGCCCGGAGCAGCCCCAGGGUCUGGCUCGGAGGUGCCAGCGCCCGGCACCCGCCCAGGAGGCAGCUGCAACGCCCCGCGGCCAAUCACGGGCGCCGCCAGGCUCCGGCGCAGACGGGCCGAGUGGCCUCGGAGACGGUGAGGGGUCAGACCAGGCACCCUUUCGGUUUCGGGCAAGUGCCGGACAACUGGAGGCAAGGCCAAUUCGGGGACCCCAGCAACACCCACCGGUACGUGCCACCCACCGUGAGGCAGGAGACCAGGUCCAGGCAGCACCAGCCUGGCGCCAGCCCCUUUGCGGAUACCCCUUACGCCCAGCCGCCUUACCAACGUUACCCGCUGGCCCACCAGCCGUCCUAUCCCAGCGCCUACGACCCUGGCUAUGAGCAAGGGUCGCCGAGAGUCUUCGAUGCCAUGGAUGAAGGUGUGCCGUAUCGUCGGGUGCCAACCAGCCUACUCCCGGAGGGCAGGGGGUACGCCCUAAUGCCCAGGACGAGAUACGACGAGUACAGGGAGAACGCCUACCCUUACAGACCCCAGGGCCAGUACCCCGGCCAGGAGAGGUACCACACACCCCAGCAGCCCCCAGCCUUCGACGGGCUCGAUCGGCGAUACAUGCACAGCCUGUACGAUGAGAGCAGGGGACAGCCCGUCCUGGCGCCGGACACUCAGCCCGCCCUCUCGCCGUCCGGCAUAAACCCCGGCCUUCAGUCCCCAGGCCCGUCCUCGGAUCUUGGCCACUUGGUGCCUAGGGUGAGCUCUGACGGAGCGGGCGCUGGAAUCUACCCGUUCAGCCGCAACGUGCCAGUGGACCCGUAUGCCUCGUCCCAUUACAGUGAACCGAAUGGUCCCACCACUGGUUUGGACCAACACGCCCAGCGACGAGUGGAUCCCAGUGGAGGGACCGAGCAGCUCAGACGCCAUAUUCCUCUCCCACGUAUGGCCCUGGGGAGCGUGUAUCGACCAGACCAGAACGGCAGAGGUUUGCCUGACUUGGUACCGGAUCCCCACUACGUCCAAGCAUCCACGUACGUGCAGAGGUCUCACUUGUAUUCCCUACGAUGUGCAGCGGAAGAGAAGUGUUUGGCAAGCUCUGCGUACGCUUCUGACGUCACGGAUUACGACAUCCGAGUCCUGCUGCGGUUCCCCCAGCGAGUGAAGAAUCAGGGGAUUGCUGACUUCCUCCCGAACAGACCUCGCCACUCCUGGGAGUGGCAUAGCUGCCACCAGCACUAUCACAGCAUGGAUGAGUUCAGUCACUAUGAUCUGCUGGAUGCGGCUACUGGAAGGAAAGUGGCUGAGGGACACAAAGCCAGUUUCUGCUUGGAGGAUACCACAUGUGAUUUUGGCCAUCUGAAGCGUUAUGCCUGUACGGCACACACUCAGGGUCUGAGUCCUGGUUGUUAUGAUACCUACAAUGCGGAUAUAGAUUGCCAAUGGAUUGAUAUCACAGACGUCCAGCCUGGGAAAUUCAUACUGAAGCUUCAAGUGAACCCCAACUAUCUUAUACAAGAAUCGGAUUUCACAAACAAUGUUAUCAGAUGCAAUAUCCACUACACAGGGCGAUACGUAGCCACGACAAAUUGUAAAAUAACACAGUCGUGAUCUACAAGGUUUCAAUUUCAAAACACGACACUGUAUAUCCUGAGCAAACAUCUGGUGCGUGUGGAACUUGAUCGUGCAGCAGCUGUGAUGUUUGGUAGCCGUCAUCGGGAGUUAACAGGACUUCAGUCAUAACCAAAGAAUCUGCCCGUGAAGCUACAGGAUAUUGAGCCAACAACUGCGAACAAUCCUUAACAUGGACUAGGCACCAGAUUAUUUCCAGUGAGGUUGUGUGGGCAUCUGAGAAAUGUUCUAUUAUAAUUCGCAACACUUGUAUGAAGUGAGCUUGACUUAUUAGCAAAAGAAUCACUGCAGUCACACUUUUAGCAGUGCCCUACUAUUCCACUAUUCAGUGCGAUCAUGACAGAACUUUUACAUCAAUUCCACUUUCUCUCCCUAUCUCUUUAUUUUCUUAGUUUCUAAAAAUCUGUCAAGGUCAAUUUUGACUACACUCAACGACUGAACAUCCUCAGUUCUUCAGGGUAGAUUGUUCCAAAGAUUCAUAACCAUCUGCAUGAAGACACUUUUCCUCAUCUCAUAUCUCAAUGGCUACCCUGUAUCGUUUUUUAAAAAUUCAGUCACAGGAUGAGGGCAUCGCUGACUAGGCCAGCAUGCAUUGCCCAUCCCUAAUUGCC